GCUAAACUGGAAUUUCCUUGCGUCGAAAAUGGAUUCUAUCCAUGAAGGUUACGAAUAUCUUGACAACGGCGAGGAACUCUCCUUUUCUAGAAAUCAUAGUGGCCUGGUAAACGGUUACUCGGAGCAUAAACCCGAUUUUGAAGAUCCGACGGAAAUCAGACAGAACUUGAGGAAUGCUAUGAAGGGAGCUCGGCAGAGGAUCGCAAACCUUCGCUUAGACCUCGAGGAGAAGGAUAAGCUCCUCAGUUCUGAAAAGUCAUUAAGACAGCAACUGGAAACAGAAUUAGCCGAGAAAACUGAAGAGUUAUACAAGGAAAAAGUAACAAGUAAACAUGGCGAGACUGGCAGAUACUCUCCAAUGAACAUGACCAGUUUUGACACCUCAUCAAUCAAAGAAGAAUUAUCACUUUCACAACGUUUAAAUCUACAGCUUUCAGAGAAGUUAUCAAAAGCAGAAGCUGAAAUCCAGGCAUCAAGGAUGAGUCGUGACGAGCUGUUAGCUCAAACAGAGUCAAAAAUUGCUGCACAAGGAGCAGCUCUUGUUGAAAAAAUAUAUCAAGCACAGAAAGAGCGUGAUGCUGCUAUGAAUGCAAGACUUGAAAUGGCUUACAGUGAACGAGAGGAAUUAUUGGACAAACUAAGGCGAAGUGAAAGAGAACACACAGGAUUUGAUUCUGGUGUUGAUAGCGUCUAUGAUGAAGAAGAAACUGAACCGACCAUGAGGUCACUACUAGGUAGAAUAACAGCAUCUGAAAGCCCCGAGGCAAUUGAUAAAAAUGGUCACCUGAUGGCUACCAAGAUUAGAACAGUGCAGAAAAACAGAAAGAAAAUGGUGACAGAAGAACUGAAGGCUGUUAUUGCUGAAAGAGACGCUGCUGUGGAAAAGGCCAAAGCAUUAGAAGCAGAGGUCAUCAACCUUCGGAAAGAAAUAGAACUAAUGAAAAACCAGCAUAAGGCAGUGGAUAAACAAAGGAUGAAGGCUAUUCAGACGCAGUCAGUCCAAGCUCAGCAAGAGAGAGAUCUAGCAUUGAAGAAAUCAAAAAGACUUGAGGAGGAGAUGGAAACUAUUCGAGUUUAUUACAGUUUACACCGCUCGUUGUCGCAAGAACAGUCUCUAAGAGAUCAGUUCAACCAAACUAUGGACAGCUUUGAAACUCGGCUCAGAGCAAGAGACUCGGACAUUCAACAAGCACAGAGAAGUUACGAUGAAGUAGUCGAGAAACUAAAGGCUGUAUCACAAGAAAGGACAAGCCUCGCAAAACAGCUGGAAGAAGCUUCAAAAAACAGACGGCGAGAAAAGGAACGAGCUGACAAGCUAGAAAGAUUGGUAGGAGUUUUGCGCAAGCGCAUUUCAGACUCUGGUGGAACAAGUGUGGCCACUAUCAACUAGAAGGGAGGGGUGGCUGGAUGGUUACUUUUGCUACUGUAUAUAUUGUAUAUAUGAGAAGAAAUUACACAGAAAGGCUUGGAUUUCACACAGCCAUUUGAACGAACUGAUACUAUAGAGGAGAACAGUUUUGGAUCAAAAUGUACAAAAUAUCAUUACCCAAGAAUAAUUUAUUUACAGAAUAGUCACAAUUUAUUUGCUGUUGUAAAUUUGCUGCAUGUUUAACAAUUUCUGUCGCUUCGUGAUGAGUGGUUUUCACUAGAGUGUCGCAAAGCAAUUGUUUUGUAUUACAACGUUACGCAAUUGGCUUACUGCACAGUAAAAACCCUCGCGCUACUUUUUCAUCAAAUCACAAGUAAAAACCAAACCAGUUGUGACUCGCUCAAACACGUUUUCCCGCGCUUCGCGUCAGCUAUAUACAUUUGGUUUGAGUUUUGAUUGGUUCAUUGGACUGCCUGUGUCCUUUGUGAUUUGCAAGAGUGAUAACUUUGGUUUUGGCUUUACGACACGUAACUGUGACCGCUCUGUUAGCAAUAGUAGAAUAAGAAAUCUGAUGUCGAGAUUGUUCUACCCUCCCUAUAACUCCAUACGU